AUGGGCCGUGGUGCUGUGGUCCACCGACGGGGCUGCCCGCUUGUACUGCUUGUCAAUCUCGUGCUCCAGGUAUGGGUAUCAGCAGCUAGUAGCCUACAUGAUCUAGCAAAAUCUGCCGUAAUCACGUUCGAUCCUCCGAUGAUACAUGACCUCGUCGAAGGCCACAAUCGUACCGUGUCGGUAUCAAUGAGCAUUCCUCAAGCGACGUUUAUGUCGAUGACCUCUGAUGAAACAUAUCGUCUUAGUGUUGGACUGAUGUGAUAAUUCAUGGGAACUCACUGGGAAAGACUGGUUUGCGAAUGCGUCUGGUACGCGCUGAAAAUUGGGACGACGUCGAUGAGUCCUGGAAGGUACCGGAGAAGUUAGACGACAACCAGAAGAAUUUGCUUGAUGUAUGGGUUAAAAGAAGUUUGGACUCUGAACGAUGGACGCAUAUUUUUGUGGCGUCGGUCGUGAUUUUAAUCACAGUAGCGAAUAUACUGAUGGGAUGUGAGUUGGAUAUGAAUGUGGUGUACAGUACAGUAAAGAGACCGAUAGCCCCUGCGAUUGGAUUUGCCACACAGUUCGUUGUUAUGCCUUUGCUUGCGUACGGAAUAGCAAAGACAGUUUUGGUCUCCAGAGGAUUAUUUUCACUGGCGCUUGGACUUUUUAUCACUGGCUGCUCUCCCGGUGGCGGAGCGUCUAACUUUUGGACGCUUCUUCUCGAUGGGAACGUGAAUCUCUCAGUAACGAUGACGUUCAUCUCAACGCUGGCGUCCCUUGUGAUGAUGCCACUUUGGAUCUCAUUACUUGGAAAAGAUUUUCUACAAGGUUUUUCAACGGAUUUCAAAAUUCAAAUUCCUUAUGCGAAAAUUACCCGUUCUUUGGUUGCUCUUGUCGUUCCACUUCUCAUCGGUAUUGCUAUAAAAAAAUGGAAACCUGAAUGGGCAGCGAAGGCACGAAAGGUUAUGAGACCGUUCAUCAUUUUUGUGCUGAUAUUCGUAGUCGUAUUUGGUGCCAUAACAAAUCUGUAUAUGUUCAAGAUGAUGACAGUGCCAGCUUUACUGGGAGGACUUUUACUGCCAUGGUGUGGUUUCAUGUUCGGCUGUUUUGUGUCGAUUAUCACACGCCGUGCCCCACCUGAUGUGACUGCCAUCGCCAUAGAAACCGGCAUACAGAAUACUGGCAUAGCAAUAUUAGUGUUGAAGGCGUCAUUCACUCAGCCUGAUGCUGAUAUCGGAGCUGUGAUCCCAGUAAUUGCCGCGUGUUUCACACCAGGACCACUACUGCUUGGAGCGGCAGUGCAUUUGGUCCUGAAGAGGCUGAAGAAGAGAACGGAAUCAUUGAAGGAGGUACUGGCAGACGCGGAUCAGAAGCCUGAUGAAAUGCUGUCGUCCAUGUCAUUGUUGCAGCAGCCCGACGUUGAGCCGGAAAAGCCGGUUGAUCCAGCUGCUAUAGCUUCUAUAGCCUGA